UACUUGACGGAAUAUUGCAAAUAGUUCUUCUCCAUUGUUCACGCGAUCAGUUGUUUAACAGUUAAUAUUAUUUCGUAAAAACUCAAACAUUAUUUUCAUAAGUAAUCCAACCCCUUAAAAUGACAACAAAGGAUAAUGCUCCGUGUUUCGCAUCGACAGGACAGUUUCCGGAAAGCUUUUUGUUCGGCGCAUCAACCGGAGCAUAUCAAGUCGAAGGAGCUUGGAACGAGGGCAAACCACCGACUAUCUGGGAUGAUUAUUUCCAUAAAAAUCAGGCAAAACUGAAGUUCAGAUACUUUUUAAACAUGCCAGAGCAUGUUUUCGAAAAUCUUAAGCAGAAGGACAUCGAACCGAGAUUAGUAGAUAUGUACAAAGGGAUGGCCAUAUACGAAGUACCGUCGAGCGCUGUGGAAGACGAAGCACAAUUCAAUUUCAACGGAGAUAUAGCUGCGGACUCGUACCACAAAACAGACGUCGACGUCCAACUACUCAAAGAAUUGGGUGUUAAAGUUUACCGCUUUACCAUUGCUCAAACAAGAAUUAUUCCGGAAGUGUACGACCACUUACCGGGACAUGCUGGAAUAAAAUAUUACAAUAGUCUAAUUGACAAAUUAUUGGAAAACGGAAUAACACCAGUGGUUAAUCUGCACCAUUACGACAUGGGAUCAAAUUAUAUCAUUUUAGGAGGGCUGACCAAUCAUACAUUGUACACGUUCUUCGAAAAUUACGCCAGACUUUGCUUUGAAUCUUUUGGGGACCGAGUGAAACAUUGGGUAGUGUCUUCUGACAUUUGGUUUUCCGCUGAAGGAUACAGUUCCGAACAUAUCCCUCCUGGCUACAAAGAAAAUUCAUUCAGCGGAUAUUCCGAUUAUAAAACAAUACAUAACUGUAUAGUUUCAAUGGCUAAAAUAUAUAAAAUGUACAACACAGAUUUCAAAGAAAAACAAAAAGGGCAACUAGGUUACUGCGUUGACACAAUGUGGUUUUAUCCACAAGAUCCAAACAAUCCGGAACAUCAAAAGUGCGCUGAACGUGCACGAAAAUUAACGUUUGGUGCUCUUAUGGAUGUCUACAUUACCGGUCAAUACUCGAACGAGAUGUUGGAGAGCGUCAAGGCGACUAACGAACGGGAAGGAAUACGGGUUGAUCGUAUUAAACAAUUUACAGCGCAAGAACAAGAAUUAAUUAAAGGUUCGUUUGAUUUUGUAAUGGUCAACUAUUUCUCCAGCGUAAAAGUUCGACCAAUGACCUCUGAGGAACGAGACACAGAACCCAAUCGUAAGAGAAGGGAUCGAGGAUAUUACAUAGAUGUUGACAGCAUAACACCAACUGAUGUUUACGAAGGCUUUUUGAAUUGCUUGAGAUGGACUAAGGAAAAUAUGAAUAAUCCAAGGAUUAUCAUAGGUGAAAAUGGUUUUCCCGAGGAACAAGAUAUAGAUGACAGCGAAAAAAAAAUUGCUUAUCACCAAGGGAUCUUAACUAAAUUACUUGAAGCUCUGGAUGAAAAUAUAAAUGUGUUUGGAUACUGUGUUUGGUCAUUUAUAGACGGUUUAGAAUUUUGUUUUGGUUAUUGGAAGAAAUUUGGAAUUUAUGCAGUGGAUUUCAAUGAUGAAUCGAGACCACGUUCGAAAAAAAGAAGUUUUCCGUUUUUCAACCAAUUGUUUACAACCAAGAAAUUGCCAAUGGAUAUUUCAAUAAAUUGAUAAUUGAGAUUUUGAUAGUA